CAGGCAAGUCGAAGGUGUCACAAGAAGAAGAAGAGGGAGUCAGGAAGCCGAGGUGCCGCAUCAUUUACGUCAUUUACUCCAACACUUUUGUAUUAACUCUUGUGGGACUCACUCUGCCUGGCUCGGGAUCUGCCCCACCACCGCUCAGAGCAGACGGCAGCCCCUAACAAGCGGCAAUGACGGCGUAUCAAGUGAAGGUGAAAUGGGGGAAGGAGAUGUACCCUGACAUAGAGCUGAACACCGGGGAGCCUCCCAUGGUGUUCAAGGCUCAGCUCUUCGCCCUGACUGGUGUCCAGCCACACCGCCAGAAGAUCAUGCUCAAGGGCGCCACACUCAAGGACAAUACCUGGGAUGGCAUGAAGAUUAAGGAAGGUGUGAUGGUCCUCAUGAUGGGCAGUAAGGAGGAGGACGUCCCUGUUGAACCCACAGAGAAGCCCAGUUUUAUCGAGGACAUGACAGAGGCUGAGAGGAACACUGCCUUGGAGCUGCCAGUUGGUAUCAAGAACCUUGGGAACACUUGCUAUCUGAAUGCUGUGGUCCAGUGUCUCAAGACGGUUCCUGAACUGCACUCUGCCAUCAUUGACUUCAAACCCAAGCGACCUGGCGCUGAGGGUGAGUCAUCAGGCACACCCUCCUCCAUGCUGACACUGGAGGUGGACUCCGGCUCUCUGCUGACGUUGGCCAUCCAGGACUGUUACCGCACCAUGGAUUCCGGCAAGACGGCUGUUCCUGUCGUGCUAGUCAACUUGUUCCGCUCAACCUUCCCCAGGUUUGCAGAGCAGGGAGAACAGGGGAUGUACAUGCAGCAGGACGCCUCAGAGUGCUGGACGGAGCUGAUGCGCUUGCUGAUGCAGGAGGUGCCGGCCAAGGAUGCCUCCAAGACUGCCAAAAGCUUUGCGUCGUCACUCAUUGACCAGUACUUCUCGGGGGAGUAUUCGUGUGAGUGGAAGUGUGUGGAGAGUGAGGAGGAGGAGGUAACGCACACCACAGACAAGUUCCAGCAGCUGCUCUGUCACAUCAGCCAAGACGUCAAGUACCUCCACACAGGACUGGUGGCCAAAAUGCAGGAACAAAUCACCAAGAGGUCGGCCCUGCUGGAUAGAGAUGCUGUGUACACAAAAAAGUCCAAAAUUUCUAGAUUACCUGCAUACUUAGCUGUAGAGAUGGUCAGGUUUUUUUACAAGGAGAAGGAAGCUGUGAAUGCCAAGAUCUUGAAGGACGUCAAGUUCCCCAUGGUGUUGGACGUGUUUGACCUGUGCACGCCAGAACUGCAGAAGAAACUGUCACCCAUCAGGGGAAAAUACAAGGAUAUGGAGGAGAGACAGAUUGAGGAGGAGAGAGCCAUGAGAAGAGGCAAAUCAAUCAGUAAGGAAGAGAAACCCAAAACAAAAACCCUUCCCUUCUGGUUUGAGGAUGACUACGGGAGCAACAACAGCGGCUUCUACCAGCUGCAGGCGGUUCUGACUCACCAGGGGCGGUCCUCUUCUUCGGGGCACUACGUGGGGUGGGUGCGGUGGCGGGGCAAUGAGUGGCUUAAGUGUGACGAUGAUGAUGUCACGCCAGUGUUGGAGGAGGACAUUCUUAAGCUCUCAGGCGGAGGAGACUGGCACUGUGCCUACAUCCUGCUGUAUGGGCCCAGGAUAUUGGAGGUGGUGGAGGAGGAUGAGAAGAAAAAGGCUGGGGAAGAAAAGGCGAAGGAUGAAACAAAAAUGGAGACGGAGUAACGUUGAUCAUUCCUCUUAACAUUAAUUGCCUCUUCUCUGCUGAAAAAAAAAUAAAAUAAUAGAGAAGAGGAAUGACUUGAGAAAGGCAUAAAUGACUUUUUCAAACAUCAUAUCAGAGAACUGUUACAUGGCAAGUGGGCAGAGGGUGGCAUUGCUUCAGAACAGUGCUCUUGGCUGAGUUUGUUCACGGUUGGUCGGUCUUGAAAAGAUAAUUGCACGAUUGACACAACAACAGCAAGCCUCCCUCACUCUACUUGCUCAGAAGUAUUGAGUCUAUCUAGAAAGUUGGCAUGCAGCUUGUUGUGAUGUUUGUAUAUGUGUGUGUAUGUAUGAGUGUGUGUGUGUGUUCGAGAGAGAGGGAAAGAAAGGGUUUUACUGCCUUAUUGUCAUUGUUUGUACAUUGCUGAAGUCAAUAUACCGGUUCUAAUAAAAUUUACCAUUGCCUGGA